UUUGGAUAUCUUUUCUAUAAUUAGAGUAUACAACUAUUUAUCAUUCUAAAAUGAAAUCAACAUUAUAUUUAAAUGAAUUUAAUAAAGUCAAUGUGCACAGUGUUUCAAAAGCUAAUUUGGACAUCAGAUUAAGUUUUCUAAGAAAGGUUUAUGGGAUAUUAUCAUGCCAAUUAAUAUUGACCCUGCUAAUUGGAUUGUUCUUUUAUUUAAUUCCAAAUGGGGUUGAGUAUGUACUUAAUAAUCGCUGGCAUAUAGAUAUUGCCCUAAUCUCAUCCAUUGUAUUGAUGGGUUUACUUUAUUUCAAGAGGCAUCAAAGUCCUUUAAACUUUGUUCUAUUAUUUUCCUUUACUUUAUGUCAAGCAUACAUGUUAGGAACGACCAUGAUAUUUUAUAAAGCUUCAUUGUUAAUUAAAUCAUUAGUUCUCACUAUGGCAGCAUUUGUUGGACUGCAUAUUUAUGCUAUGCAAACUAAAAGAGAUUUUAGCAAAUGGGGUCAAAUGCUUAUAACAGGGAUGUGGGUAUUAUGUUUAGCUGGUAUCAUUCAAUAUUUUUAUCCAAUGUCUGGAUUUGAAUUUGGUCUAUCUAUCUUGGGAACUGCACUCUUUUGCUUGUACAUUGUAUAUGAUGUUCAGAUAUUGAUGACAAAACUCUCACCAGAAGAAUAUGUCAUAGCUUCUCUUACCCUUUAUUUGGAUACUAUCAAUUUAUUUUUGCAAAUCCUUAAACUUUUAAAAUCAUCUGAAAAACGUAAUAAGAAUUAAUUUUUAAAAUUAUCUGAAAAAUGAAACAAGAAUUAAUUAUUAAAAAAAAUAAUUAUAUUAUUAACCUUUUUUAAAAUAUAAUAUAAUGUUUUAUAUAAUGAUCUAUAUAUAUUUAAUAAUUCGAUUAAAUACAAUUUAAUUGCACUAAUUAUUCAAACCAUUUUAAAUUACUACAUUUUAAACAUUUGCAAACCAAUAUAAAUAUAGUAUCUAUAUAUAUUAUAUACAAUAAAU